AGAAAAUUGGUACAAGAGGGCGGCAGCGCUGCCGGUGAUCUUCAUCGAACCACCGUCUCCUGACAUUCGCACUCUGUGCCAGGCACUGGACGAUCAUGGCCACCGCAACUGAACAUGCCUCGAACGACAAAGAGUUCGUCCCUGAUGUUCCUCGUUACAAAGAGGAUCUGGAGCACGCCAACACGCACGGAACCUACCUCGACCCCGUCGAGGCCUCGCAUCUCUCAGAGGAACAUCGCCAGUAUCUGCUGCAAAGACAUGGCACGCUCGAGCUUGACCCCAUGCCCACUAUGGGAGAUGCAGAUCCGUAUAACUGGCCGACAUGGAAGAAAGUCUUGAAUCUCGUCUUCGUAGCAUUUCAUGCUUGCAUGUGUGGCUUUGCAGCCUCCGCCAUCAUUCCAGCAUACGAGAACAUUGCGGAAGAUCUCGGUGUCAGUUUGCAAAGGACCUCGUAUCUGACUUCAUUGCAAAUCGCCAUUCUUGGAGGUGCGCCCUUGUUUUGGAGGCCCCUUUCAACACGCUUCGGUCGCAGACCAAUCUUUAUUAUCUCCUUGAUUGGCAGUUUGGUGUUCAACAUUGGUUGCGCAAAGAGUCAGACUUACGGAGCCAUGGCCGCCUGCCGUGCGCUUCAGGCUUUCUUCAUCUCGCCCCCGAACGCUAUUGGCAGUGCUGUCGUGGUCGAGACUUUUUUCAAGAAGGAGAGGGCGAGGUACAUGGGAGUAUGGACUGUUAUGAUUACGCUCGGCAUACCGCUAGCACCGCUCAUCUUUGGCUUCGUCACAUACUACGAAGGCUACAGAUGGAUUUACUGGAUCCUAGCAAUCAUCAACGGUGUACAAGUGGUUCUGUACGCUCUCUUCGGUCCCGAGACACGCUUCAUCCGUCACGACAACGCUCAACAUGCUGUGUCUGGAUUUGCAGCCUUCAAGGAGUCAUACCUUAAGUUCCGCCGCAUCGAUCCUACGCCCAUCACAGCUAUGGAGUUUAUCUCGCCUCUGCGACUGGCCAAAUACCCGUGCGUCAUGAUUCCGGCAUGCGCAUACGCAAUGGUCUUCCUCUUCGCCUCCGUCCUCAUCACUGUUGAGAUUCCUCAGCUCUUCGGCGAGAAAUUCCACUUCAACUCUAAGCAGCUGGGUCUUCAGUUCCUUGGCAUCAUCAUCGGUUCCAUUAUCGGCGAGCAAAUCGGUGGUCACUCAAGUGACAUGUGGAUGCGCGCCCGUGCGAAGAAGACUGCGCCCGCGAAGCCCGAGCCUGAGUUCAGGCUGUGGUUGAGCUAUUCCGGGAUCUUGCUGACUAUCUGCGGUCUUGUAGUCUUCCUCGUUCGGAUCGAACAGGCACAGGAGGGUCACUGGAAUGUCACACCCAUCAUUGGUGCCGGAAUCGCUGCGACAGGCAAUCAGAUCGUCACGACUGUGCUGAUCACGUACGCCAUUGACUGCUAUCCAGAUGAAGCAGGAAGUAUCGGUGUUUUCAUCACCUUGGUCAGGCAGACUUGGGGUUUCAUUGGACCUUUUUGGUUCCCUGACAUGUUCACCAAUGUGGGACUGGCUCCCAGUGCAGGUAUUGUGGUCGCUUUGUUGGUGGUAGGCUCUCUGAUCCCUCUCGUAUUCUGCCACUGGAAGGGAAAUUCGCUCCACGGCAACAUGAGCAACAGAUUGUAGAGCUUGUGCAGUGACUGACUCAUGCAGCUGGCCCUGCUUGUGAGUCGUCUGCAAGGCAGCGGCUAAUAUCAUUUCCAGAGCAAUUUCACGAUGAUGUAGUUCACACGUGUUCAUUGCGCUUCAUAAUUUGCUAAACGUGAUAAUUACAAGUGCAAACU